AUGGCUGAUUGGGGUCCAGUGGUGAUAGCAGUGGUGCUGUUUGUGGUGCUAAGCCCUGGUUUGUUGUUUCAAUUGCCAGGGAAGAAUAGAGUGGUUGAGUUUGGGAACAUGCAAACCAGUGCCAUGUCUAUUUUGGUUCACACAAUCAUCUUCUUUGGCCUCAUCACCAUAUUUCUUAUUGCUAUUGGUGUGCAUAUCUACACUGGCUAA